AUGGGCAUCCUGACCGGCCAGGGGCAGGCCCUGCCCAACGUCGGCUGCCGGGCCGGACCCCCGGCUGUCGCCGUGGUCGGCGAGGUCAGCUACGCCUCCACCGUGGCCUCCCUCGGCGACCGGACGCAGUUCCCGUCCUUCCUGCGGACGACGCCCAGCGACCUCUCCCUUCUGUCCGCCCUGGUCAGGCUGGUGCUGCACUGGGGGUGGAGCUGGGUGGGCAUACUGGCCCAGGACGACGAGUACGGGCAGCAGGGGGGCUGCCUGCUGAGGGCCGAGCUAGAGAAGGCGGGCACUUGCACGGAGUUCCUCCUGGACAUCCCCACGUCCCAGGCCCCGGAGAAGGUCCGGCUCACCGUGGCGGCCCUCGGGGCGUCCACGGCCAGGGCCGUGGUGACCCUGCAGGAGACGCUGAGCUUGGUGGGGUCCCGGGUGGAGAUCCCCGGCUUCCCGGAGUUCCUCCGGCGGCUCCCGCCGGCUCGCGCCCCGGGCGGCGACGAGCUAACGGAGCCGUCCUGGAAGCGGACUUUCAGGUGCCAGCGGGCCGGGCCGGGGAACGGGUCCGGGCUCCGGGGGGGCGAGUUGUGCACGGGAACGGAGAGCCCGCCGGACUGGUACGGUCCUCUGCUGACCUCGGGUGACCUGCGGGAGACGUACAACGCCUACACGGCCGUGUACAGCACCGCCCACGCCCUCCACGGCCUGCGCUCCUGCGAGCCCGGCGGGGGUCCUUUUGGAGACGGGGCGUGCGCGGACAUCCGGAACUUCCAGCCCUGGCAGCUCCUGCACUACCUGAGGAAAGUCCGUUUCAGGACCUUCGAAGGGGCCGAGAUUUUCUUCGACGCCAACGGGAACCUCCCCGCCAGCUACGACAUCCUGCGCUGGCAGGAGACCCCCGGGGGCUCCUACCACUUUCUGAAGGUCGGCAGCUUCGACUCUCCCGCCCCACCCGAGCCAGAGCGGCUGCUGGUCAACGAGAGCGCUAUCGUGUGGCAAGGGGGGAGGAGUCGGGCCCCUCGCUCGGUCUGCAGUGAGAGCUGCCCCCCGGGAUCCAGGAAGAUAACCAGACAGGGCCAGAAGCCCUGCUGCUUUGACUGCACACCCUGCCCGGAGGGGCAGAUGGCCGACAGAAUCGACGAGGAGUGGUGGCCCAGCACGGGAAGGGACCGGUGCGUGCGGAAAACGCUGGAGUACCUGUCCUACCUGGAGCCCCUCGGGGCCACCCUGGCUGCUGCGGCCGUCAGCUCGGCCCUGCUCUGCGCCGCAGUCCUGGGGCUGUUCAUCAGGCACCGCCACACGCCCAUAGUCCGGGCCAACAACAGGGAGCUCAGCUACCUGCUGCUGACCUCGCUUGCCCUCUGCAAUCUCUCCUGCCUCUUGCAGGUGCUGUUCGGCCUUGCCUUCACCCUCGCCGUCUCUUGUGUGCUGGCCAAGACCGUGCUGGCCCUCGUGGCUUUCCGGGCCACCCGUCCGGCCAGCCCCCUGCAGCGCUGGCUGGGCCCCGGGCUGCCCCGCGCCAUCGUCGCGGCCUGCAUGCUGACACAGGGGACCAUCUGCGCUGUCUGGAUGGCCGUGGCGCCCCCCUUCUCGGCCCGGGACAUGACCUCCUGGCCGGGGAAGAUCAUCCUGGAGUGCCACCGGGGCUCCGCCGCUGCCUUCUGGGGAGUCCUGGGCUACCUGUGGCUGCUGGCCGUCGCCUGCCUGUGCGUGGCCUUCCUGUCCCGCCGUCUGCCCGGCAGCUUCGGCGAGGCCCGGUUCAUCACCUUCAGCAUGGCAGUGUUUGUCGACGUCUGGCUGGCCUUCCUCCCUGCCUACCUGAGCACCCGGGGCCAGGUGGCCGCGGCCGUGGAGGUGUUGAGCAUCCUGGCUUCCAGCGCCGGACUCCUCGGUUGCAUCUUCCUCCCCAAGUGCUACGUGCUUCUGCUGCGGCCUGACAGGAACACCCGGGAGUGCCUCAUGGGCCGCGGGCUCCCCGGAGCACCGGCCCGGCCAGCGCCGGCCCAACUGGCAGUGACGGUCUGCCUGGAGGCUCCCCGGGAGCCCCGCUAG